AUGGACGCCGCGACGAUACAAGAGACAAAUCGCAUACGAGUGUCACUGGGCAUGAAACCUCUGCCCGUUCCCGGUGCGGACUCGCCCAGUGACUCAGAUUCCGAAUCGGACGACGACCGCGGUAGCACGCUUGAGACCCGCGAAGCUCAGGGUGGCGACAACUAUAACAGAUACCUCGAUGGCGAGAUCAACAAGCGCAUCCGCGAGAAAAAGGCCGCCGCGGCCAAGAGAGCGCGCGAAAUGGCCCAGCGCAACCUAGUCCUCGAGGGCAAGGGUCUGGGCGAAGCCGAAGCAGACGAUCCCAGCGAUGCGCGCGCAUGGCUGACAGGCCAAAAGAAGCGCCAAAAAAAGAUUGACAAGGCGCGAAAACUAGAGGAGGAAUUGGCUGCCGCAGAGGCGGCAGCCGCGGCGGCAGUGCAGUAUACGUCCAAGGACUUAGCUGGCAUCAAGGUCGGCCACGACAUGUCGGCGUUUCUUGACGGCGACGAGCAAAUUCUCACACUAAAGGAUUCGGCGAUUGAUGCCAAUGAUGAGGACGACGAGCUGGAAAAUGCGGCGAUUCGUGAACAAGAGUCGCUCAAGGACAAGCUGGAUCUGCUAAAGAAACGUCCGGGCUACAACCCCAUGGAUGGCGAAGAAGCCGGCGGCAUCCUAGCACAGUACGAUGAAGAGAUCAGCGGAAAGAAGAGAAAACGCUUUACGCUCGAUGAGACGGGCAUCAAUGCUGAGCUUGCAGAUAUCCUCAGUGCGCCGGCCGCGAAUCAGAGGCAACAGAACAUAUCCCUGGACGACAUUGUGGGUGAUACUACACAGCCUACCUCUGACUACCUGGAUGUGUCGGAAAUCAAAAUCAAGAAACCCAAAAAGAAGAAAUCCAAGCAAACAAGACAAAAACAACAAGAUGCGGACGACAUUUUCCCGAUAGAACCUGUUCCCGAAGAAAACAACGAAAUGGACGUCGAUAGCAAAGACGGUGUCCCCAAAAGACCAAAGACGGUAUCCGACACCUUUGUGGAUGACGACGACCUGCAAGCGUCGCUAGCUGCGCAAAGAAGGGCCGCGCUCAAAAAGCGCAAGAAGAGUCGUCCAGAAGACCUAGCCAAGAUGCUCAAAGAACAAGAAAACGAAGAGGCCGCAGAAGCACAAGAAGAUGGCGGUCUUGUCAUUGGAGCUGUAUCUGAGUUUGUCUCUAAUCUCACCGUACCCGAGGAAGAAGAACGCAGACCAAAGCCAAGUCCGUCUCCGAAAAAGGAACCCUCACCAGAAGAAGAUGGCCAAGAUGCCGUCAUGGAGGACUUGGAAGACGCACAGGUUUACCAAACAGAAGACGCGGAACCCCAGCCGCCGCAAGCCGAGGAAGAGGAAAAGAUGGUGGGCAGCGGCAUGGGUGCGGCCCUGUCGCUGCUGCGCGAGCGCGGCCUCGUCGAAGAGUCCAAGGGCGACGAAGAGUACGCCGCGUUUCGCCGUCGCCAAGACUUCCUCGCCAAGAAGAAGCAGCUCGAGGACGAGCUCGACGAGGAGACGCGACGGCAGCGCGAGCGCGAUCGCGCCAGCGGCAAGCUGGACCGCAUGUCGGUGCGCGAGCGCGAAGACUAUGCCCGGCAGCAGAAUCAGUGGCGCGACCAGCAGCAGGCGCGGCGCAUGGCGGCGCUCUUUGAGGACAGCUACAAGCCCAGUGUGGCGCUCUCGUACCGCGACGAGCUCGGGCGCGACCUCGACACAAAGGAUGCGUUUAAGCAUCUUAGUCACCAUUUCCACGGCAAGGGCAGCGGCAACAUGAAGCAGGCAAAGCUGCUCAAGAAGAUGGAGGACGCGAAAAGGCGAGAGGCCCAGAGCAUGUUUGACGCGAGCCAGGCGGCGGGCAUGAGCCGUGCCACGGCGCAGCAGCUCAAGAAGCGCAAGGAGGCGGGCGUUCGUCUAGGGUAG